CCUGUCAAGAUGGCUCAAAAGAUGCCCAAGUUGGAAGGUGCUGCAUUAGAGCGAGAGCUUGCCCGUUACUUUGAUGAUGGCAGCAGUGCUGAAGGUUCUCAACAAGAUAUCGAAAAAGCACCACAACCUGAUGGCGACAAAGCACAGGAUGGCGGUAAAGCACAGGAUGUUGAAAAGGUCGCUGUGGAUGCUUAA